AUGGAAAGGUCUCAACUAGAUGCACAAACUGUUGAUGUUGAUGCUCGACAAACUGUUGAUGUUGAUGAAGGAGACGAUGAAGAAGUUGAAGAUAAUAAGGGUGGUGGUCAUAAAGUAUCUUGGGUAUGGCAACAUUUUGAUCGAGAGGACGUAAAGAAGGGUGCUAAGAAAGUGAAAUGCCCAUAUUGUCCAACAAUGAUGUGUGAAAAUUCAAAGAAAAAUGUUCCAUCACAAAGAUCUGAAAUUGUUGCGAAGUAUGUGAGGUCCUCGGGUGCUAGGUUUGCUACAUUCCAAGAGUAUGUUGAGAAAGUGAAGAUUAAUUGUAGUAAGAAACCAUCCCUUGAUGUUGACACAAUAUGGAAUUCUACAUUUUUGAAGUUAGAGACGGCAGAAAGUAUGAGGCGGCGUUUGAUAGGCUUUGUGCGAUUGAUAAUGGUUUUAAAACUUUUUGCGGAAGUGAGGUUGAUGAUGGUGAAGUGA